CCUUCCGCGGCAAGGGAAGGUUUGUGCUUUGGGAAGGGGCCUGGAGCUGGGGGAGGAGAUCGGAAGGGGGAGGUAAUCCCCGGCGUUUUGAACAGCCCCUAUUUAGAAAGACCGAGUCUCUCCCAGGACAGCUGCUGCGGUCACACCACAAACUUAAAAGCCGCCCUCCUGUUAGAAGCGUGCCUUUCCUCAGCACACUCUCCUGGCCAAAGCGCCAGCUGGUGCGUCGCUGUCCACGGGGCUCCGGGAGCCGGAGCGCCCCCUGCCUCCGAGUCCGGCCUCUGCGGCCGCCGCCUCCACGCUUGGCCAGGGCCGCCCGGCUCCUCGGUUCAUCAACCCAGUACUACUGCUCCGGGAACUAGCGCCCGGACCCCAGGUCAAGGGUCGCUUGGCCUCACCCCGUAAGCCCUUCCUUUGCCCCAGAAACGGAGUCCGAGGGAGGGGGAAGGCGAGAAGAGUGCCUGGCAGAGUACAUUAGCAGUGUUUGAAACAAAACAGUGCUUUCAUCAUGGAUGCUAAUGAAGAUGAGAAACCAAGGUCUAGGAGUCAAUAUCGUCACCUUUUUCAUACUUUGAUGAUGUUAAGCAUGACCAUGUUGUUUCUUCCCAUCAUGGGAACUUCCAAACAAAAUAUUCCACGACUCAAGCUAACCUACAAAGAUUUGAUUCUUUCAAAUAGCUGUGUUCCAUUUUUGGGUUCAUCAGAAGGACUGGAUUUCCAAACUCUUCUUUUGGAUGAGGAGAGAGGCAGGCUGCUCCUCGGAGCCAAGGACAACAUUUUCCUGCUCAAUCUAGUUGACUUAAACAAAAAUUUCAAGAAGAUUUAUUGGCCUGCUGCAAAAGAAAGAGUGGAAUUAUGUAAAUUAGCUGGGAAAGAUGCCAACAGUGAAUGUGCAAAUUUCAUUCGAGUACUUCAACCCUAUAAUAAGACUCAUCUUUAUGUGUGUGGAACUGGAGCAUUUCAUCCAAUAUGUGGAUAUGUCGAUCUUGGACUCCACAAGGAGGAACUCAUAUUCAAACUAGAGAUGCAUAGCUUGGAGUCUGGCAGACUGAAGUGCCCGUUUGAUCCUCAGCAACCCUUUGCUUCUGUAAUGACAGAUGAGUACCUCUACUCUGGAACAGCUUCUGAUUUCCUUGGCAAAGAUACUGCAUUCACACGGUCCCUCGGGCCAACGCAGGACCACCAUUACAUCAGAACUGACAUUUCAGAGCACUACUGGCUCAAUGGAGCAAAAUUUAUUGGAACUUUCCCCAUACCAGACACCUAUAAUCCAGAUGAUGAUAAAAUCUAUUUCUUCUUUCGAGAAUCAUCCCAGGAAGGCAGUACUUCUGAUAAGAGCAUUCUUUCAAGAGUUGGAAGAGUUUGUAAGAAUGAUGCAGGUGGCCAACGCAGCCUGAUAAACAAAUGGACGACUUUUCUUAAGGCCAGAUUGAUUUGCUCAAUUCCUGGAAAUGACGGGGCAGACACUCAUUUUGAUGAACUUCAAGAUAUCUAUUUACUCCCCACAAGAGAUGAAAGAAAUCCUGUAGUGUAUGGAGUCUUUACUACAGCCAGCUCCAUCUUCAAAGGCUCUGCUGUCUGUGUGUACAGCAUGGCUGACAUCAGAGCAGUUUUUAAUGGCCCGUAUGCUCACAAGGAAAGUGCAGACCAUCGUUGGGUGCAGUAUGAUGCAAGGAUACCUUAUCCACGCCCUGGCACAUGUCCAAGCAAAACAUAUGACCCGCUGAUUAAAUCUACCCGAGACUUUCCAGACGAUGUCAUCAGUUUCAUAAAACGGCAUCCAGUGAUGUACAAGGCAGUGUACCCAGCAGCUGGGGUACCAACCUUCAAACGAAUCAAUGUGGACUAUAGACUGACGCAGAUAGUGGUGGAUCAUGUAGUGGCUGAAGACGGCCAGUAUGAUGUCAUGUUUCUUGGCACAGACAUAGGAACAGUCCUUAAAGUUGUGAGCAUUUCCAAGGAGAAGUGGCAUAUGGAAGAGGUUGUAUUGGAAGAAUUGCAGGUAUUCAAGCAUCCAACAGCCAUCUUGAACAUGGAGUUGUCUCUGAAGCAGCAACAAUUGUACAUUGGUUCCCGGGAUGGUUUGGUUCAGCUCUCUUUGCACAGAUGCGACACUUAUGGGAAAGCAUGUGCAGACUGCUGUCUUGCCAGAGACCCCUACUGUGCCUGGGAUGGAAAUGCAUGCUCGAGAUAUGCUCCCACUUCAAAAAGGCGAGCUAGACGCCAGGAUGUAAAGUAUGGGGACCCAAUUACCCAGUGUUGGGACAUAGAAGACAGCAUUAGUCAUGAAACAGCUGACGAAAAGGUGAUUUUUGGAAUUGAAUUUAAUUCAACCUUUCUGGAAUGCAUACCUAAAUCCCAACAAGCAUCCAUUAAGUGGUACAUCCAGCGGUCAGGAGAUGAACAUCGAGAGGAGUUGAAACCUGAUGAAAGGAUCAUCAAAACUGACUAUGGGCUACUGAUUCGAAGUCUGCAGAAGAGGGACUCUGGGAUGUAUUACUGCAAAGCACAGGAGCACACUUUCAUCCACACCGUAGUGAAGCUGACUUUGAAUGUCAUUGAGAACGAACAGAUGGAAAAUACCCAGAGGGCAGAGCAUGAGGAGGGGCAGGUCAAGGAUCUAUUGGCUGAGUCACGGUUGAGAUACAAAGACUACAUCCAAAUCCUUAGCAGCCCAAACUUCAGCUUGGACCAGUACUGCGAACAGAUGUGGCACAGGGAGAAGCGGAGACAGCGCAACAAGGGCGGCCCAAAGUGGAAGCACAUGCAGGAAAUGAAGAAGAAGCGAAACCGGCGGCAUCACAGGGACACGGUUGAGCUCCUCGGAGCCAUGGCUACGUAGUUUUCUAUUUAAUUUAAAGAGAGAACUAUUUA